GUUAGGACCCGGAGACGGAGCGGCCGCACCUUGCCGCGGUUCUGGGCGUGUUUGCUGCUGAUGCGUUGAAAAGGAACGCCGAGAAAUUCUCCCUUGGAAGACUCAACUUGCCUUUGGACCUCGCUCGCGGCUCGACAGCAAGAUGAGUUUCGUAAAAUCCUUCAUCGGUGGCAUCCUGAAUGUCGUCAGCAACAUCGAUCCGGCCAUCUUCAUGCCCUCCGAUCCACCGCCGCCCCGACGACCCCUGGCCUUCGAGGAAGCUCACGAGAACGACGAGGAGAAAGCCUUCCGCAGAGCCUUCAAGAAGCUGGCCGGAGACGACAUGGAGGUGAACCCCAAAGAGUUGAUGAACAUCCUCAACCAAGUUCUCACCAAGCAUGGAAAUCUGAAGACUGACGGCUUCAGCAUCGAAUCGUGCAGAAGCAUGGUGGCCGUCAUGGACAGCGACAGCACGGGCAAGCUGGGCUUCCACGAGUUCAAGUACAUGUGGAACAACAUCAAGAGAUGGCAGGGCAUCUACGUGUCCCACGACAAGGACGGGUCGGGCGUCAUCUGCGGCAACGAACUCUCGCGCGCCUUCAAGGCCGCAGGCUUCCCCCUCAACGAGCAGCUGCACAAGAUGAUCAUCCGCCGCUACAGCGACGAGCACGGCGACAUGGACUUUGACAACUUCAUCGGGUGCCUGGUGCGACUGGACGCCAUGUGCAGAGCCUUCAAGACUCUGGAUAAAGGAAACAGCGGCUCCAUCAGCCUGGACGUCAAAGAGUGGCUUCAGCUGACCAUGUACUCGUGAAGCGGCGGCAAGAACGAGAGACUCCGGGCUGCCGCCGCCAGACGGGGGCGCCAGAAACACGCUUCUGCUUUGCAACAAUAAAAAAAAACGUGACCUUCAAA